UCCUCAUCAGUAACUCUUCAUCUUUCCAAGUCACCGCUUGCGGUCCUAUCCAGCAGAUCGCAUGGCGUGCACAGAUGAUAUGGACGAACCGAUGCUCCUAGCUCGCUACAUGGCAUCGCACGGUGGCAAAUGGCCUAUUCUUCCGGCCCUACCCCGUUUCGACACGAAAUCUCAAGUCCGAUUCGCCAACUAUUCAAAUCUGCGGCAAGCGGCGUGUAGUACAUUGGAUAACAUGGAUAAGGCAGCAGUCGUGACGAGCCAUCGUGUGCCAUCUACGGCGAGCCUCAUCGAGAGGACGGAUUUCACGAGCACGGAAGCGGAGGUCCCUCUUCCCUCGCAGGAUGCUUCCUGCAUGGGUAUGGAAGCUUCCGAAUGUCGAAGUCUUCCGCGCGAGCAGGCAGCUGAGGGUUUCACGCGCCAGCUGAAAAUCUCGCGAAGAGCGUCAUUUGAUGACGCCGUUGUUCCGCGCGUCGUCGACUUUCACGUGUCAAAUCCCGACGCUCAAGCUCCCAACGGCUCAGAUUCCACACGCUCAGAUUCCAACGGCUCAGAUUCCACUGGUUUUAAUCCUUGUUUGAAGGGCGAGCGGCGCAGACGGCUGUCGUCAAGGAAGCAGGUGUCGGGACUAUCCCUGCUCAUGGCGGCGAGCAAGUGACACAAUGUACCGCAUCUGCCAGGAGGAUACUCGUCUUUGCUUUCAACCAUCAGCGAUCGUCAUCCAGCUCAUGAAGCCUUUAGAGUCGGAGAUUUCGAUACCCUGCAGACGUCAAUGAACCUCGAUUGCUUCCCAGCAGCCAUGCCUGAGCUGGAUGACCAUGCUCGCAGAAACAGGGUGGCCAUGGCAGCGAAACUGAAGUCACUGACAUGUACUUAGGUUGCUGCUGUUAUUGACCCUACCCUAUAAUGACACAAUUGCUGUGGGAGACAGGGAGCUUGGCGUGCCAACCUU